AGAGAUUCAUCCUCAGUAUAAAAGUAGUUGUGUGGGCCCCGUUCCGCCCUGCUGGCCGCCGUUUCAUUGAUUUCCCAUCACUCCUUCUGCCAACAUUUCUCUCCUCUCCUCUCCUUCAUGUUUUCAUCUUCACUUAAAACGCUAAGUACGAGGGAACAAAAUACUUGUCUCGGUUAACUAAAAGCACCUGAAUCCUGGGGAGCUUUUAGUCUUACAACUUUACUACGGACGAGUUGUAGUUCACCCACAAUCUCGGCUCUCUCUCUGAAAAAAGAAUCACUGAACCAGCAAUGUUCAUUCACCGACCGAUGAUCAUGACGAUGAUGGCAUUGUAAGAUGGUUAGUGGUGUAGUGUAAGUAAGUAAUCUUAGCAUUCUCAGAUACCGGGUAACAACCGAACCGAUUUGCGGAGUGGACGAAGCCUCGUUCGUGACACUUUUCCGAGAGAAGUGGGCAAGGUUGGAUACUGCAUUGCACCAUUGCAUUGCAUUUACACGAUUUUGUAAGUGAAAGCAAAGUUCAAGAUCAGAAUUAUACCGGGCCUCGCUCCACGGCGGACGGAAUACCAAGUGGGAAGAAGUACGUACAGUAGCAAGUCCCAUACCCGGUAGUAGUUCGACGGGGAAAAGAUACCAACCGCACAAACAGAACAUCGAGAGCAACAAGGAAGCAGCAAUAAUGAUUGAAAAAUUUCACCCUAUAACUCACGUCAUAUUUGACAUGGAUGGUCUGUUACUGGAUACGGAGCCCAAGUAUGAAAAAGCCAUUAGCACAAUCUGUGAAAACUUUGGGUCUAAAUAUACCUUAGAGGCUAAAUUAGGCGCUCUCGGCAGAACAGCGACAGACGCUGCGAAUGCGGUGAUAACCAAGUGCAACUUGCCAAUCAGUUGUGAAGAGUUUUUGGACCUCAUGGAAAGCCAGUACCCUUCCGUUUUCCAACACGUGGACAUGAUGCCUGGAGCGGAAAAGUUGGUCUCGCACUUUGCCCAGGCUCAGAUACCUCAAGCAAUUGCGACAAGCAGUAAAACGACCACAUUUCGUCUCAAGUCGAAAGGCAAGGAGGACUUUUUCGGGAAAUUUAGUCACAUUGUCAUUGGAUCCGAUGACCCCGAAGUGGUGCAGGGGAAACCACAUCCGGAUAUUUUCCACGUUGCGGCCAAAAGAUUUCCAAAUCCGCCAGAAAGCAUGCAAUCCGUGUUGGUGUUUGAAGAUUCCAUAAAUGGGGUGAAGGCUGGAUUGGCGGCUGGAAUGCAGGUCGUCUGGGUGCCGGACCCAUGUCUCGAUAUCACGUCGCAGAAUGCCACACAAAUCAUUAAAUCAUUGGAAGAUUUCAACCCGCAGCAUUUUCAUUUGCCGAAAUGGGCAUAAAAAUCUGUAAUUUAUACAUGCAGUCCUAAAACGUAUUUAAAAUUGAGAAAAUAAAUUUAUGAUAAGUAUCAUACUAAAUAAAAAGUAUAGAAAAUAUAUAAUAAAUCAAG